AUGGCGGCGCGUGUUUGUUCAGUUUCGAGAGGAGUGUUUUCUUGUCCUGUUUUGCCAUCUCUGCGGAAAAUCUGCUCAUUAUUUAGACGACAAGGUGCACUUAGAAAUCCAUAUAAUGUAAUACAGUAUAUGAGUUGUGAAGGUUAUCGAAUGUGUUCAACUAGGUUCAUGAACAAAAACGUCCACAUCGGAUCCGGGAAUUACAUCAUUAGGCAUACAUGUACAUUUUUUAAAGCUUUAAAAGAUACAAGAUUGUGCGGUUUUUCAUUUAUUCCACUUCCCCCAUUUUGAUUGUAUUAUGGAUUAAGAUUAUGGUAAAAAGCUUGUAUUGAUUGAAGCUAGUCAAGAAACUAGGAAAUGAAUAUAACGAUAUUUUAGUUACUAUAUAGUAUGUAAUCUUCUUCCAAAUAUUUUUGUAAUAUUUUCUGUUUUACAUCUUUCUUGAUUUAGGCCUUGAGUUUCAAAACAAGUUAACAAAAUUACCAAGUCAUAACUUCCAGACCUCAAGAUUUUCUACCUUCGAUGUCCAAGCAAGUGCCUUGAGAAGUUGCGCACACAGCAUGAAAUUUCAACUUGCGGGGCAGCCACUCAAAUUCCAAAGUGUUUAUCCAUUUGAUUCUGCACCACGGUUCGUGAAACAGAUUGAGCAGACGAGUCAAAAAUCUUGCUUUACGAUCAUCAGAAGGAGCAUCAAUACAAAGAGUAAACUGGGCAAGCGGAAAACUUGCAAAGCUGUUGCUGCUAGAUUUUUGAGAACUGGCAACGGAAAACUGAAAAGGUGGAGAACAGGAAAGAGUCACAAAAUGAUGCACAAAGGACCCAAGAGAAGUCGUCAUUUAAGAAAACCAACUUAUGUAAAUAAACAGCAGCUAAAGCUUUUGAACAAAAUGUUAAAUGGCUGGUGAAAACUCUGCAACAUAUAUUCUGUGCUUUUUGAGCGUUACUUACCUCUGCUUCAAAAGCUGGAAAUGUCUGAGUGAACAUUGGACAGGUAUCAUCUCUAUCAUCACUAUGCAGGUUACUUUCUAAUUUUGUGUGGGAAAUUUUUGCAUUAUUGCACAAGUAUACAAUUAUUGUUUUUUAUGACCCUGGCAGUUGCACCUGCAAAUUAUGAACUGCUAAAGAAGGUCUCUGGUAAAAAUCCUAUGUAGGAUCCUCUAGGAUGUUAAGAUCUGCAGGAUCCUAAACAGGAUAAAGGAUCCUACUCAGGAUCUUACAGGACUUAAACAGGGAUUUAGAAUCCUUUAAGGUCCUAAGCAGGAACAAACUGCUACCCAAGAUCCUAAACAGUUCACAUCAGUUACUAUAUUUUAUUCAUUAAUAGCCCAUCAAGACUGGGUACUUCUGAUGAAAUGGCUUUUUGCAGUAACCCAGACAUAUUCUUCUGGCUAGCUUGGGGUAAUGAUAAAGUUCUCCAAUGGGACAGGACUUUACAUUCCUUUGUUCGACAAUGAAAAUGGCUGUCUCUGCCAAGAAAGAUUGUUGAGAUCCAGAAAUUUGG